AUGGAUCAGGCUAUUGAAGCUCUUCUAGAUCACAAGGUCUGGCUUGCUGGCCUUUCCACAGGGGCAGGAAACAUUCUCAACGGCAUCGGUCUGUUCCAAAGCCUCGUCAUCAGAGGUUUCGGCUUCACACCCUUACAAACCGCCCUUCUGCAGGUCCCUACCGGUGUCAUCGAGAUCAUAGGUCUUAUAGUAUUUUGUACUCUCGCAUCGCGCAUCCGAAACUCGAGGCUGGCACUUGCCAGUCUGGCCAACGCUUUGGCCAUUAUCGGUGCUUCCAUGCCGUAUGCGUUCGACGUGCACCAGCGCUGGCGAUUGAUGGCUGGAUUCUGGGCCAUGAUGGCUUUUAUCCCAUGUAGCUUCUUGCUGGGAAUGGGUACUAUCUCCGGAAAUGUCGCCGGCCACACCAAGAGUGUGACAGCUCAAGCCAUCAUGUUUACCUGUUAUUGUUGCGGAUGCAUCAUUGGACCUCAGCUAUACACGACUCCCCCCUACAAGCAAGGCCUAAGGGCUAACAUUGUCGCUUUGGCUAUCAGCUGGUUUGCUGGUGUCUUACAUAUCGUGUAUAUGCACUUCGAGAACCGUAAAAGAAAGGCAUUCCUGGAGGAAAGCAGAUAUCUUCUAAAUGAGGAUGAUUGUCAUUUUCGUGAUCUUACAGACAAGCAAAACCCUUAUGUCUUCAAUGUGCUCUAG